AUGUGUUGUGCCUCAUUUCUUAACGUGGCAAAACUAAUGAGCACUCGAGCAGCAGAGGCUGCAACCAAUGGUUUUCCAAUGAGCAAUGUAAUUCGUUUAUGUGAAGGACCUGCCUUAACCUCUCAGGCUGAGAAAGCUUCAGCUGCAUUGCUCUCUGGCCAUGUAAUUUCAGUGCCAACUGAUACACUUUAUGGAAUUGCUGCAUUAGCUCAAAACAAUACAGCUGUUGAAAGAAUUUAUGAAAUUAAAAGGCGCAGUUCAACCAAACCAUUAGCAAUUUGCGUAUCAGAAGUGAAAGAUGUUUAUUUAUGGGGUAAAGUAACUGUACCACAUUCAUUACUUACUUCUUUACUGCCAGGUCCUGUUACACUGAUAUUUCAGCGCACACAGCAGCUUAAUCUGGCAUUAAAUCCUGGCACUGAUUUAGUUGGAAUUCGCAUUCCAGAUGAGGAAUUUAUAAGAGCUGUAGUCAGAUGCUGUAGUUCUCCAUUAGCUUUAACGAGUGCAAACAUCAGUUCGAAAGUAAGCCCCUUGUGUGUUGAAGAAUUCCGUGAACUUUGGAGUAAGCUUCAUACUGUUUUUGAUGGUGGUCAUCUUGGGGAGCACUUGGAGAGUAGGGAAGGAUCGACAAUCAUUGAUCUGUCACAACCAGGGUCAUAUAGACUUAUCCGAAGAGGAAUAGCUUAUGAACAAACAACUGAGAUUCUCCAGCGUUAUGACCUUACUUUAAUUGAUUAA